AUGGCUCCUGGAUCCCCCCAUGGCUCCUGGAUCCCCCCUGGGCUACUGGAUCCCCCCGUGGGCUCCUGGAUCCCCCUGUGGGCUCCCGGAUCCUCCCGUGGACUCCUGGAUCCCCCCGUGGGCUCCUGGAUCCCCCCACGGGCUCCUGGAUCCCCCCGUGGGCUCCUGGAUCACCCCCUGGGCUCCUGGAUCCCCCCAUGGGCUGGAGCGUCACCAGCACCGGGGGCUGCGACUGCAGCGGGGGCCGGGGCUGAGCUGGCACGUGGGAACGGCCAACCUUGGCCAGGGCUGGCAGUGAUCCCACCCUCCCCGGUCCCCGCGCCGGCCGCGCUCCCCCGGCCCCCGCCGCGCCGGUCGCAUUGCGGUGCCCGCCGCCUCACCGUGUCCUGCCCGGGAUCCGCCCUUGGCUGCGGGCGGCGCGGCGGCCUCAGCGCAUGGCCCGGCCCGGGGCGGCCCCGGCGCGGCGGCUGCGCUCCGCCCGGCGCGGCUCGGUGCGGCGGGGCUCGGCGGGGCUCGGCGGGGCUGCGGCCGCUGCGGCGGGGCCGGCGGGGCUCGGCGGGCUCGGCUCGCCUGGGCUCGGUGCGGUGCGGCCGCCGCAGAGCCGAUCCCGCCCCGCCGCCGGCCCCGCCCGCCGCGCCCGCCCCGCCCGGGGCCCCGGACCCCGGCCCGGCCCCGAGCGGCUCCGGGACGCGGCGGCGGGACCGGGAGGGGACAGACGGACAGGGACACACGGACAGGGACAGACGGACAGGGAGGGGGACAGACGGACAGGGAGCGGGACAGACGGACAGGGACACACGGACAGGGAGGGGGACAGACGGACGGGGAGGGGGACACACGGACAGGGACACACGGACAGGGAGGGAGACACACGGACAGGGAGGGGGACACACGGACAGGGACACACGGACAGGGACACACGGACAGGGAUGGGCGAAGAUGCGGGCACAAGGGCAGCAAUGGGGAUCCAUGGGAUGGAAACACAGGGACGGGGACAGACAGACAGACAGGAACGGGAUGGAGACACACGGAGAAGAGGCACAAACAGGGUCACACGAACAGGGACGUGAUGGGGACAGGGGGACACAGGAUGGGGACACACGGACAGGGACCCCACACAGACAGGGACACACGGACAGGGACACACAGACAGGGACCCCACACGUGCACAGGUGGGGACAUGAAUCCACAUGAGGAGGGAGACCCCAGGGACUCGUGGAUGGUGACAGAACCCCACAGGUGGUGACACGGGACA